CAGACACGUUGAGAAACAGACACUUCCUGCUAUACGGUUCAUUUGGAUUUUCGCAGGCUAAAAUUUGAGGGAGAGUGAAAAAAAAAAUCUGGGAUAGAUGCACACUCACCCAAGCCCAGAUGAGCUUCUUCUGCCCCGGUGAGCCAGUAUGGAGGUUCCGUGUGCUAAAGACUUCCAUUGGCAGGCAUUGGCACCUCUCCCCAGCCCCCGUGUCUAUUGCUCCUUGGCAGAAACUGGUGGGCAAAUCUAUGCCAUUGGGGGCUGUGAUGAUUCUGGAAACCCAAUGGACUCGUUUGAGGUGUACUCCCCAGAAACCAACCAGUGGCGCAGCUUGGCAUCAAUACCCUCAGCCAGAGCAGGUGUGGCAGUGGUAGCACUGGGAAAGAGGAUCCUAGUUGUUGGUGGUGUAGGGGAGAACCAGAUGCCACUGAAGGUGGUGGACGUGUACAACAUUGAUGAGGGGAAGUGGAAGAAGAAGAGCUCCCUGCGUGAGCCAGCAAUGGGGAUGUCAAUAACAGCAAGAGACUGCAGGGUGUACACAGCAGGAGGGAUGGGCUCAGAUUUGAGACCACAUUCGUUUAUGCAGCAGUAUGAUAUGCUGAAGGACAUCUGGGUUCACUUUGCCCCAAUGCCAACCCCCCGUUAUGGUGCCACCUCCUUUCUGCGAGGAAGCAAGAUCUACGUACUGGGUGGUAGACAGUCCAAAUAUGCAGUGAACGCAUUUGAAGUCUUUGACAUUGAGACUCGUUCCUGGACCAAGUUUCCAAGUGUGCCUAACAAAAGGGCAUACUCUAGAUAUGUGAUGAGUGAGGGAUCCAUCUACAACCUGGGAGGACUACGGCAAGGGGGCACCUACCGACGACCAAAAUUUACCAAAACAGUUGAUAUAUUUGACAUGGAGCAUGGGGGCUGGAUGAAGACUGAGCGUUCCUGUUUUCUACGGAAGAGAAGAGCUGACUUUGUUGCAGGCUUAAUAAAUGGGAGAGUGGUGGUAGCAGGAGGUCUUGGUAACCAGCCCUCUGUCCUGGACACUGCAGAAAUGUUCCACCCUGUGAAGAACCGCUGGGAAAGCAUCAGUUCCAUGCCCACGCCACGCUGUGCUUGUGCCACUAUUGUCCUGAAAAACAGACUUUAUGCUAUUGGAGGAGUAAACCAGGGGCCUAGCUCUGCUGUGGAGAUGCUGAGCUUAGCCGACGAGACAUAACUAAUUGCUAUGGGGUAUAUCUGUGGUAUGUAUGGGCAGUGUGUGUAUACUGGGCAUAACAGCUGUGUCUGUAUACAGGAUAUCAAAGCAGUAUUUAUACAGGGCAUUAGAGCAGAAUGCAUUUGGGUAUCAGAUAUGUGUGUAUAUACAAUCAUGAUAUCAAAGCUGUGAGUAUAUAGGGAACCUUAACAGUGUGAAUGUGUGUACAGUGUAUCAGAUCAAUUUGUGCAGCAGUGUAUGUAUACUAGGGCUGCUCAAACUACAACCGUGGCCAAAAUCUCGCUCUAGGUGGGUUUUUGUGCAACCCGUGGCACCACUGAGCACAAAAUGUCAUUUGUUAUAGAAAAGAGCAGUUCCACACUUUAGGUAAGUAAGCACGUGUAUUUGUAACAAAUAUUGUACAUUUCAGCCAUUUACACAGUUGUGUUAAAUGAAGAAACAAAUUCCUAUAUAACAUUUAACUAAAGUUCGUUUUAUUUUUUAAUGCAUUAUCUUUAAUGUGUGAAUGAUACUCAGCUAAUUCUGACAUUAGUGACUGGCCACACACAUAGAAAAAAGUAUGGACACUCUUGAUGUAUACAGAGGCACCAGAUAAGUGUAUAUCUUCAAAAUUCAUAUUGUGUACUGGGGACCAAAUUAUAGUGUAUGUGCGUACAUGCGUGCAUGUGUGUGUCUGGUUACAGAUCAUUGGAGAGGUGUGUCUGUAAAUAAUAUGUCAUCAGGAUAGGGUUGCACUGUAUGUUUUAUAUGUAUAUUUUUGUAUGUAUACUGACUAUAAGAAAAGCAUAUCAGCAAUAUAUCUGUGUAUAAGACAUGAAAGGAGUGAGUUUGUUUGUAUGUUUUCUCACAAACAAUAACAUAUGCUUGGAAUGGAAUUGGACUGAAUCAAAAGUAAUGUACAUCAAUGUGCACUAAGUUAGUAUUUAGGAAGGGUUAAAUAUUAGAUCUUACAGUGAUAAAUUACAAAUGAGACGAUUCCUGCCAGUAUGCCUGAUCCCUAUUUUUAAUUUGAAAUAAAAAUAUGUGAGUUAUGAA